CUUGCAGCAAGAAGUCUAAUUUUCACUUCCUUCCAGCGGCUCUCUGCGCUCCCGGGAGGUGGGGCGCCUGGCAUCCGUGUGUGGUUUUGGGGUAGUAACCUCUUCCCGGGAGGCCGCCCGCCUCCACCCUCCGCGGCGGAGUGACGUCACGGGCGAUGCCCGGGGCCCGCCCGGCCUAUAAAGCGGCAGGUGCGCGCAGCACCUCCGGAAUGUUCGCACACCUGGCGCCCGAGCCUGAGCCCAGGGAGCCCGCGCCCAGGGAUCCCGAGGCGAGCUCCAGGAGCUGCCUCCAGCGCCCCAGGCUGGCCGGGCCUGCGAGCUCGGCCACGCGGCCCCCCGCGUCCCAGCUCUCGGCCACCACCGCCUCUUCCCGCCCGCAGCUCCCGGCCGAGUUGCCCCAGAGACCGCGACGCCGCCGCUCCGAGAGACCAAUGAGAGCCCCGCUGCUGCCGCUGGCGCCGGCGGUGCUGUCCCUCCUCAUCUUCGGCUCAGCCCAUUAUACUGCUGGAUUAGACGUCAAUGACACCUACCCUGGAAAAGGGGAACCAUUUUCUGGGGACCACAGUGCCGACAGAUUUGAGGUGACCUCAAAAAGUGAGAUUUCCUCUGCAAGUGAAACGCCUCCUGGUGGCGAACUGUUCUCGGGGAUCGACUAUGACUAUUCAGAAGAGUAUGAUAAUGAACCACAGAUAUCUGGCUAUAUUGUAGAUGAUUCAGUCAGAGUUGAACAGGUAGUUAAGCCUAAGACAAACAGAACAGAAAGUGAAAAGACUUCAGAUAAACCCAAGAGAAAGAAAAAGGGAGGCAAAAAUGGGAAAAAUAGAAGAAACAGAAAGAAGAAAAAUCUGUGUGACACAGAAUUUCAAAAUUUCUGCAUUCAUGGAAAAUGCACAUUUUUAGAGCAACUGGAAACAGUAUCAUGCCAAUGUUAUACAGAGUACUUUGGUGAACGAUGUGGGGAAAAGUCCAUGAAAACUCAGAGUCUGGUCGACAGCGAUUUAUCAAAGAUUGCUUUAGCAGCUAUAGCUGCUUUCGUCUCUGCCAUGACCUUCACAACUAUUGCUGUUGUUAUUACAAUCCUGCUUCGAAGACGAUACCUCAGGGGAUAUGAAGGUGUCGCUGAAGAACGAAAGAAACUUCGACAAGAAAAUGGAAAUGCACAUACUGUAGCAUAACUGAAGGUAUUAUUGCAGGGUAUCAGAUCAGAGUCACUGCAAAGUCACAACUGCAAGUGAUACGUUGGUUCCUCUUUUCAGCGAAUCCUAAGAAAACAGAACCUUUUCAUUCUGAUGGUUUUAAACUUUCAAUUGUCACUUAUUUCUAAGUCUUAUUUCUGUACAUAAAGAUGCAUGGAGAUAAAAAGUAUUUUUUCAAGUUGUAAAUAAUUUA